UUGAUAUAAACAAGGAAAAAAGGUGUUGGUGUUGGUAACUUGGUACACCAUUAAAUAGCAUAUGAAUUCAUAAGCAAAUUAGCCACACAAGUUGUUCGUUGCUAUUGCAACAUUUGAGCUUUGUAUUCUCCGCUCCUAACAACAACGACAACAAUGCAGUCACUUCAGAUUCAACAACUACCCUCCACCCUCCGCCCUUCACCGCUCGACCCACUCCGCAGAAAAACAUCCAAUGCCGCCGCCACUAAAAUCAAACCCACCUCUAAGAGACUCUCCCACAUCUCCGCCGCGGUCACCACCACCGCUCCACAAAGAGAGAAGGAUCCCAAGAAGCGUGUUGUGAUCACCGGGAUGGGUCUCGCUUCCGUCUUUGGAAACGACGUUGACGGUUUCUACGAUAAGCUUCUCGCCGGCGAGAGUGGAAUCACAUCCAUUGACCGCUUCGAUGCUUCCAAGUUUCCAACGAGGUUCGCUGGUCAGAUCCGCGACUUCAAUUCUGAAGGUUACAUCGAUGGGAAAAAUGACCGGAGACUUGAUGAUUGUCUCCGGUAUUGCAUUGUCGCCGGAAAGAAGGCACUCGAGAAUGCUGACCUUGGCGCUGGAAAUCUCUCUAAGAUUGAUAAAGAGCGUGCUGGUGUUUUGGUUGGGUCUGGAAUGGGUGGUUUAACCGUUUUUUCUGAGGGAGUUAAGAAUUUGAUAGAGAAAGGACAUAGAAAAAUAACACCUUUUUUUAUUCCUUAUGCUAUUACCAAUAUGGGUUCAGCUUUACUUGGAAUUGAUUUAGGUUUCAUGGGUCCAAAUUAUUCUAUUUCAACUGCUUGUGCUACUUCAAAUUAUUGUUUUUAUGCUGCUGCCAAUCAUAUACGUAGGGGUGAGGCUGAUUUGAUGAUUGCGGGUGGGACUGAAGCUGCUAUUAUUCCUAUUGGUUUGGGGGGUUUUGUUGCUUGCAGGGCACUUUCUCAGAGAAAUGAUGACCCUAAAACUGCUUCUAGGCCUUGGGAUAAAGACCGUGACGGUUUUGUUAUGGGUGAAGGUUCUGGAGUUUUGGUGAUGGAGAGCCUGGAACAUGCCAUGAAGCGAGGUGCACCUAUCAUUGCUGAAUACUUGGGAGGUGCUGUUAACUGUGAUGCUCAUCACAUGACUGAUCCAAGAUCUGAUGGACUUGGUGUGUCUACAUGCAUCCAGAGCAGCCUUAUAGAUGCUGGUGUGUCCCCUGAGGAGGUCAACUACAUAAAUGCACACGCAACUUCCACUCUUGCUGGUGACUUGGCAGAGAUUAAUGCUAUCAAAAAGGUUUUCAAGAACACUUCUGGCAUCAAAAUUAAUGCCACCAAGUCUAUGAUAGGACACUGCCUUGGUGCAUCUGGGGGUUUGGAAGCUAUUGCCACAGUGAAAGCCAUAACAACAGGAUGGCUGCAUCCUUCAAUCAAUCAAUUCAAUCCAGAACCUGCAGUUGAUUUUGAUACAGUGCCAAAUGUUAAGAAGCAGCAUGAAAUUAACGUUGGCAUUUCAAAUUCAUUUGGAUUUGGUGGUCACAACUCUGUCGUGGCCUUUUCCGCUUUCAGGCCCUGAUUGCCAGCAACCUGUCUGCACUUCAUGUAGAACAUUGAAUCUAAAUUAAUUGAAAUUUUGUUCUCUACAUCAUUGAGGCUAUUUAGUUUAUGAGUCCAUAAUAUAUAAAAGCUGUAGUCCUGUAAUUGUUCAUUUUAUGCUAAUUGUGAUCUGAUGGUUAGCACCAAGGCUAUUAUGCUGUAGAACUUUUUUAAUGUAGCACGGAGGUUUCAUUGGUUUGGAGUUAUACAGCAGAUAGAAAGUGUGGAAAGAGCUUAUUUAUACAUUUUUCUUACUGUUAAGUAAAGAUAUUUAUUAGCAAACAUGUAUGAUGUCGUCGUCUAUGAUACUUGUUAUUAAAUCUUUGUUGGUUUUAUUUGAAUCA